AAGAAUACUGGAAUAGGAAUAGGAAUUGGAUAGAGUAGAGGGAUAUCUUAGAAUUUCAAAAUUAUUAUUAAAUCAAUUAUAUUAGAGCAAUGAGCACGACGCAAUUGCUUAACACCGUGGCUGGACUGAUACCAUCGGUCACACCUUGUUGGCGAUGUAAUAAUCACCGCACAGCAGCAACUGCAACUGUAACUAUAUUUCAGACUCAGAGACUCACAGGAAAUGCUUCAAGAAUAACGAUAAAGUGUAUGGCUAAUCCAAGGAGAGUCAAAAUGGUUGCCAAACAAAUUAGGAGAGAACUUUCUGAUAUGCUCAUCACCGAUAACGUCUUGCAAUUUGCCGUUCUUCCAGAAGCUUCCUUAGGUGCUGAUUUAUAUCUCUCUUCCGUAACCACUAUUACCGACGUUGAAAUCACCGCUGAUUUACAGGUGGCUAGGGUUUAUGUAUCUGUUUUUGGAGAUGAAAGAGGGAAGGAAGUGGCCAUGGCUGGGUUGAAAUCAAAAGCCAAAUAUGUUCGCGGUGAGUUAGGGAGGCGUAUGAAGUUGCGGUUAACUCCUGAGAUACGCUUUUUGGAGGAUGAAUCUUUUGAGAGAGGAAGCAGGGUCAUUGCAAUAUUAGAUAAAAUUAAGAAUGAGAAGAGUGAAACAAGCAAAAACAUGGAGCAGUUGGAUUCAUCAGUGAACGGAGAUGACACUGAGCAGUUGAAUUCAUCGUCAGAUGAAGACGAUGCUGAUUGGGAAGAUGAAGACCCUGAAGAAGGUAUCAUUUAUGUGGAAUAGCUGUUGGUAGGGAUGUUUUGAUGAACUUGUGUCAAAAAGCACCUUUAGAUAAUCCCAAGUUCAGUUUUGUCUAUAUGAAUGGUUAGUAUCAAGCUUUCUAUUAGGUUUGUAUUCCAAAAAGAAUUAUAAUGUGUAUUUAUCUUAAAAUUUAGUUUGUUCAGCUUUAGAAUUCAUGAAAAGAUUUUCAGAGCAGUGUAUUUAUUAAAUUAAUUAAUUACAUAACACUUUUUUCCAA